GCGCAACGUUCAGUAAGCCGCCGACUGCGCACAAGAGUAGUUGCCGUCUCCACUCUAUCGAAGCAGCCUCCUCGAAGUGUCUCGAACGGGUGCCGUCCGUACACGUUCGAGCCCCACCCUUCCCCGCCAAGAAACAGUUUUGCGACAUUCUCUGCAGCGGGUUGGUUUUUGAUUUGUUUGUUUGUUUGCUGCACAGUUUCCUCGCUUACCUGCCCGUUUAAGUCGCCUGCGCAUACGAUUGUUAACCACCCACAAAGGAUGAAGGUGAUGCACCAACCAGCAUAGGGACAGGAAAUAGUUGACCGAAACGCUACCCCCGUGCCUUGAAGGCAUACCCGAAGGCGACCAGUACACGCCUUUUCGGGGAGUUCACCGUAACAGCAACUGCCAGGAGAUCGGGAGUUGGUCGAGGGUCAUACACGUCGCCACGCCGAGUCAGCAGAGAGAGCGGUAGGAGGAGACCGAGUCCGCGCACCGAACCCCGAACGGACGGCCCACACCCCGGGGGAAGGUGUGGUGUGUUUCUUUUUUUUACGGCCGUUCUGUGCCGCUAGUGUACGAGGCAGGCAGUGGCAGAAAAAAUCGGAGGGUGAACGAGCCACGCCACAAUGUUUCCGCUUCACAAAGGAGCGGAGCUAUUCUUAGCAAUAGCGAUUCUAGCCUUAUGGAGCGGCAAUGAAUCAGCCGCCGCCGACAACAACCAGCGCGUCGUGUGCUACUACACAAACUGGUCCGUCUACCGACCGGGCACGGCCAAGUUUACGCCACAGAACAUCAACCCCUACCUCUGCACCCAUCUGAUCUACUCGUUCGGCGGGUUUACGAAAGAGAACACGCUCAAACCGUACGACAAGUAUCAGGACAUCGAGCAAGGUGGAUUUGCUAAAUUUACCGGCCUGAAGACGUACAACAAGAAUCUGAAAACGCUGCUAGCCAUCGGCGGGUGGAACGAGGGCUCGUCCCGCUUCUCGCCGCUGGUGGCGGACGCCGAGCGGCGCAACCAGUUCGUCAAGAACACGAUCAAAUUCCUGCGCCAGAACCAUUUCGACGGGCUCGAUCUCGACUGGGAGUAUCCGGCGUUCCGCGAUGGCUCGAAGCCGAAGGAUCGGGAAAACUACGCCCAGCUGGUGCAGGAGCUGCGGGAGGAGUUUGAGCGCGAGUCGUCCAAAACGGGACGACCGCGCCUGCUGCUCACCAUGGCAGUGCCGGCCGGUAUCGAGUACGUCGAGAAGGGUUACGAUGUGCCGAAGCUGAACAAGUACCUGGACUGGUUCAAUCUGCUCUCCUACGACUACCACAGCGCGUACGAGCCGGCGGUCAAUCACCAUUCGCCGCUGUUCUCGCUCGAGGAAGCGUCCGAGUACAACUUCGACUCUGAGCUCAACAUUGACUACAGCGUAAAGUUCUACCUGAAGGCGGGUGCCGACCGGGACAAGCUGGUGCUGGGCAUCCCGACGUACGGCCGGUCCUACACACUGUACAACCCGGACGCAACCGACAUCGGUGCGCCGGCCGACGGUCCCGGUGAGCAGGGCGAUGCGACACGCGAAAAGGGCUACCUGGCGUACUACGAGAUCUGCUCCAGCCUGAAGGACAGCAACGACUGGACGGUGGUGCAGCCCAACCCGAAAGCGAUGGGCCCGUACGCGUACAAGGGCAACCAGUGGGUCGGCUACGACGACGAGGCGAUCGCACGGCGCAAGGCCAAGUACGUCGCGGAGAACGGGCUCGGCGGCAUCAUGUUCUGGUCGAUCGAUAACGACGACUUCCGGGGCACCUGUCACGGCAAACCGUACCCGAUCAUCGAAGCAGCCAAGGAGGCACUGCUGGCCAGCACAGAAGUGGGCAUAAACGACGUUGCUUCAUCGGGCAGACCGCGCAAGCCGAGUCGUUCGCGCAGCCGGCCAGGUUCGGCCACGCGCAACCGUGUCAACACCGACAACAACAACGAAAUUAAGGCAUCGUUCAAAACUUCCCAGGGACGCAAGGUGGCACGGCCGGUGCGCGUCACCACGACCAGCACCACCACCACGACCACGACGGAGGACUCGCUGUACAUUGGCGGAAGAACUACGACACCGCAGCCACCGACCACACCCGAUCCGGGAGCAGACUUUAAAUGCGAAGACGAAGGUUUCUUCCCGCAUCCGCGCGAUUGCAAAAAGUACUUCUGGUGUCUGGACAGCCCGAGCCUCGGCCUGGUAGCGCAUCAGUUCACCUGCCCGUCCGGGCUGGUGUUCAACAAGCUGGCCGACUCGUGCGACUACGCCCGCAACGUGAUCUGCUCCAAGACGGCACCGUCGACCACCUCCUCGACGACCAGCACGACCACCUCGACGACGACCACGGCAGCAGCGCCGACGACGUCAACGACGGCCCGGCCACGCAUCACGGUCGCCACCAACCGGAACAACUUCUUCAACCGGGGCAUCUUCACGACCACGACGACCACCACCACGGCGGAACCGACGGUCGAGGCCGACUACUCGGACGAGGACAACACCGAGACGCAGCCGGAAGAGGACCCGAAGGUGAUCAAGGAGCUGAUCGCGCUGAUCAAGAAGGUGGGCGGCAUCGAGGAGCUGGAGAAGCAGCUGCAGGCCCAGGAGGACGGUUCGAUCCUGCUGAAGGGUGCGGAAGCCGAUCCGGUGUCGACGACCGCGCCAACCAUCAGCAAGUCGCUGUACGAGCGGGUGCUGAGCCGCACCGGCAACGUCGGCCAGAAGUUCCGACCGGCCAUCACGUUCACGCAGCAGCAGGACCGGGCCGGCUCGCUGCCGGAGAACAAGUACUCGUCGGUGGUGCGCAACUCGUACACGAACAGCCGCGUGGGACCGCAGAACGAGGGCCUGGACCAGCUGCCCGAGUUCGAGGGCGUGUUCCGGGAGAAGCCGAAGUACGUGACGCUGCAGCGCGCCCGCCCGACGAAGGCCGCCUCGAUCGAGGACCGGUACGACGACGACGAGGACAUUGACGAGGAGGAAAACCAACCGUCCACGUUUACGACCGGCAGGCCGACGGCCGUGCCGAAGUACGUCAGCAUUAGGCGGCAGCGACCGACGACGGUCGCGGAGCAGCCGCAACCGGAGGUGGACGCUGAGGAACCAGCGGAGGACGAGCAGGAGGAGGAGGAGGAGGAGCCGCAGACAGUGAAUCGUAACUGGUACCGCAAACCGACCGAAGCGUCACAGCCGACAGAGAGUGAGCCGGAGCGUUCGUCUCCUAAUCGCUACAACACGAUCGAUCGCAGACGGACGACCAGCGUACCGUACACCAGCAGCCGACUGCAGGAGACCGAACGCGAUGAUGUAGGCACAGAUUCUUCUCUAUUGGUACCAUCUACAGACUUCCAAACCAUAUACACUACAGCUUCCACCACCACCACCACGCUCGAACCAUCACCACAAUCCUCCGAACCAAACUUGAUACCUUACAGCACACGACAGUACAGUAGCGUUGAGCGGGUCAGCGGCAACACGAUUAGCGACGAUGGCGACGACGACGACGUCGACGGCGACGAUCGCAGCGGCAACCCUAGUAGUAGUAGUAGUAGCGAUAGUAGUAACGAUAGCGAUAGUAGCACUAGCGCGGGCCCGAAACCGACCACCGCCGGUUUGGACAGCGAUCGGGCGUCGGACGCGGAGGUGACCGACACCACCGUGCCGAUCGGGCCGACGCUGCACCGGGCGGACGACACUGGCAGUAGUAGUGACGGUAGUAGCGCGUCGGGCUGGCCGGCCGACACGACGCUCGAGGUAACCACCGCCGUGCCUAACACCGGUGAAAGCGUUACGGGUAGUAGUGUACUGGACGCUGGUUUGGUGGGUGGUAGUGACACGUUUGCUAAUCCCGACAGGCGGUUCGGCUCCCCGUACGAGGGGCCCGAGGACGACGAGACGGUGGCACCCAGCGUCACCACUACCGCCAGCAGCAGCAGCAGCAGCAGCAGCCGGGCGACGGCGACGACGGCAACGACGACGCCGUCCGUACCGUCGACCACGGUGGCUACUAGUCCCCCCACUAACGAUGCUACCUCUAACUCCGUUUUCAAAUUCACAAGAACUAGGAAGCCAGCGACUACCACCACCACCACCACCAUUGCCACUACCGACACCCCACUAGAACCUGUCACUAACCCUAGCCGGCGAAUCGGUGGCGCUGCGCCCGUGCGGGCAGCGCCCCGUCCAUUCGUGGCGGGCGCCCGUCGCACGCGGCCGACGCGCGUGCCCGACGCGGCGACCACCACUGCCGCGGCCGCCGUCCCCGACCCGACGACACUGCGCACGGUCAAGGUGAGUUUUUCCAAUGCCCAGAGAUUUGAUCUUUCAGCGAGCCGGCAGCGCCGGGUCGGCAGUGCCGACAGUGCCGAACAGCAGCCGCCGCAGGAGGGUCCGGCGGGUGAGCAGCCGGCAGCGAGGGCACCGGCCGCACGCGGCAACCGUGGCCGGGUGCGGUUCCGGACUGCGCCCGAACCGGCGCCGGCCGCUCGCUCGACGCCCCUGUCGUACGACGAGCCCAGUAGGCCGCCGGUACCGUUUGCAGGCAGCAGCAGUAGCACCACCGACAUCACCACCACUACCACGCAAACUGUAAGCCGCCGCCGCACGAGACCAACAGCCGCCAGCGAGCAGCUUGCCGCCAAUCGGUUUGCGCUCGGUCGCACGACCACGCUCGAGCCGCUCACGACCGUCACCGAGCGGGGCUCGCUGCGGCGCGUCAAUUUCAGCCUGUACAGUGGGCGCCGCUCGAGCGAAAGCCCCGUCCCGAGCCCCACCACCUCCACCGAGGAGCCGCGCAUCGAGACGGAACCGGUGACGCCGGAGAUCCGCUCCUACACGCGCAUCGCGGACGACCCGUUGAUGACGCAGGAGCGCAUACUGCUCACGCUCGGCACCGCUCUGCGGUACGGUUUCAGCAGCCGCAACGAGCUCACCACGGGGGGCACUACGGCCGCCCAAGCGUUCACCACCGUGCAGGACAGCUUCAGCACGGUCGCACCGGCCCCAGCCCGCUCCACCUUCCGCGGGCGGCCGUUCGGGCGGUCGGAAAGCGUGGACAGCACGGUGAACAGCCUGCUGGCGGAAAGCCUCAACGACAUGUCGACCGAGCUGCCGAGCCAGGCGGAGGACGCCACCGACAGCCGGCUGCUGAACGAAAUCACCACCCUGUACAAUGUGAACGCGGCCGAGGUCGACACGACCACACCGCAGCCGCGCAAGCUCGCCUCGGUGCGGUACAGCCCGCCCAGCACGACCGAAGCCGUCGACACGACACUCAACGUGGUCGUGUCCGAGGUCAACACGAACAAAACGUUCAUACCGGGCCGCACGCGCCCAACCAGACCGGCCCGACUGCGCACGACGGCGGCUGACACGAGCGCCCAAACGCCCGACAGCACAGACGCGACCACACGGGCCCCGUCGCGCCGACCAUUCGCCCCACGCAGACCAGCGCAGGAGGGUUCGCUCGCGGCCCGACUCACACCGACGGAGGAACCGCUCGGCAACGAUGUGACCGAGCGAGCGACCGGCAUCUCCACCACCAAGCGCCAGCGGGCGAACCGACGCCGUACGACCACGGCGGCGCCUUCAACGACGACCCCGGCAGCCGCCUCCACGGUGGAAGACAGGUCUCCCCUGCCGAGAUCGCGCGCCUCCUUCAACACGGAGCAGCGCCGGCAGCGCUUGCCAGGCAAUCGGCUGCUGAAGCCGGCCUCCACCACGCCGACCACCACGACGGAGUCGUUCACGGUCGAGCCGACCUUCCCGGACAGCAAUGUGGCCAACUCGGACUUUACCACCGUCAUUACGGACACGUCGAACGAGAUUGCGCCGGGCGGGUACGACCUGCUGAACAGCGACAACCUGCUCAGCCUGCCGAACCUGCGCACCGGCGAGCAGGCGGACGAGGACGAGGACAGCGCCACGGAAACACUCUCCACGCUGACCGCGUCCGCGACCGAGCCAAACCCGAGCUCGAAUCUCGUCGCGGGCGGACCGGCGAAGGCCGAGCCGCCGCGCCCCAACGACAGCCAGCAGAUCGAGUCGGAAUCGAUCCCGGCCCGUGCCUCGACGCGCGGUUUUGGCGCGACGCGCCGCAAGUUUACCGGUAAGUUUGUCACGACCGAGGCGCCGGAACCGACCGAGCCGAUCAAGAAGUUUGUGCCGACCCGGCGCAACCGACCCUCGUUCUCGCUCGCCCGCAGUGGCCGCCUGUCGACCACGACGGAGGAGCCCGCGUCGGUCGGUAGCGCCGAUGGCGACAGUUCCGCUCCGCCCGCAGGGCCGUCGCCGUUUGUGCCGUCGCGCAAGCGCAAACCGCUGCCCCUGGGCGGCAGGGCGUCGUCCACCACGGAGCGGUCCAGCGGGGAGAGCGGAGCCGGCGACGAUACGGCCCCGCCGGCCGCGCGUCCCACGCGGCGCAGGUCGGCGUACUCGCUGAACCGGCCGGCACGGCCGCAAGCGUUCGAAAACUCGUUCGAUAAGGCGACGGUCGCGGCGAAGCCGGUCGAGCAGAAGUCGAUCAACCGCACCUCGGUGCUGCUGCCCAAGCGGCCGAACCUGUUCGUGCGCACCACCACCACGACCACGACCAGCACGACCGCAGCGCCCCCGACGGCGUACGGUGGCGACGCCACCGACCGAACGACGCUCGCCGACCGGUUCGGCUCGUCGGAGGAGCAGCGGUACAGCGGGGAGGAGAACGAGGGCGACAACGAGAUCCAGCGGCAGGGCAAGCGACUGUUCGGGCAGCUGGGCAGUGACGCCAGCAACAGCCUGCUGCUACCGGGCGAGGUGGAAACGGAACGGCCCCGUCCCGAGCCGACGUUCGGUGGGGUGCGAAGACCGGGCGGGCGUGUCGGAGGUAUAACGCCUACCCGGCCGCAGCCCAGCUCCGGCAGCAAUCGGUUCAUCUUCAAGAACAACCAGCCGGCCACGGCGAGCGGCAACGAAGGGUCGGCCGGGUCCUCCACCACGCAGCGCACCUUUACCACACGCACGCGCCGCCCCUUCGGCAACGUGGGCGGCUACAAACCGACCGCCCAGAACGGUACCGGGUUGGUGAGCGGUGAUGGGGCGGGCCCGGUGGCGGGUAGCGUCACGACGCCCCGCGCACGCUUCACGCCGACGACGCGCACGCGGCCCACGUUCGGCCGGCUCCGCUCGACGACGGCCGCCCUGGGCAGCCGCCUGAACGUGGAGGACGAGCGGGCCGCCCCGACGCUGAACGAGCUGAGCGGGGAGCAGGGCGGUGGGUUCGCAACGCGCCGCUACCAGCCCCGCAAGCCGACCGGCGGGCGGCGCAACUUUACCGCGCCAGCGGCGGGCGGUCGCAACGUGACGCUGCCGGGCGUGCUGCUACUAACCACCAGGGAGCCGGCAGAGGGCGCUGCACAGACGACGCCGGACGCGAACGGCGAAACGACGCUGCCGGCGACGGUCGAGUACGCCACGGACGAUACGAAGCAGUCGUCGGCGACCGAGUCGGAUGCGCUCGCACCAACGACGACGCCAACCGCUACCGACACUAUCACCACCAACUCCAUCACCACCACCACUACAACCACCACCACCACCAAGACCACCACCAACAACAACAACAACAACAAUGAGGCCGAAAACACUACCUCGUACGAGGAUACAACGCCCAACACAUUCAGAACCACCACCGAAUACUACACCGCGUCCGACGAGACGCACUACACGACACUGAAUACGGCCGACACGAUCUACACGAUUAAUGAUAAUAUCGAUAUUGAUGAUGUCAAUGUAUUGCAGGACCGUGGUCGCACGUCGACGACCACGGUGAAGCCGACCACGCUCUACCACGUGUUCUCGAUCGACAAGGAGAACGAGUCGGUGCCGUCCUCGACCGAGAUCUACCGGACGGAGGAGCAGGAGAUCGAGCUGCCGGCGGCGAACCGCACGGACAAGCUGGUCAAGAUACACCGCGUGGUCGAGAUCUACACGAAGAACGCGAGCAACCCGGACGAGCUGCCGGUGAUGCAGAAGCUGGGCGAGAUCAACCGGAAGAUCAUCAUCCGGCUGGUCGAGCCGAACCGGGCGAACCGCACGGCCGGCGGGCACGGUAGCACCAGCAGCAGCUACACGACGACGACGCUCGGUGGCGCCGCGGGAGGGGCAGCGGCCCCGGUGACCGAGCGCGUCGAGGAGGACGAGUCGGAGGAUGGGCGCGGCCGGCCGAUGGUGCUGUCCUCGAACAGCGUGUUUACGGUGGAAACGUCCACCAUACCGCUCGAGGGGCUGUUUGACCCCGAGAAGGGGGCCGGCUUCCCGACGACCGAGCUGCCGCAGGGCGCCGGCGAGGAAAGCCAAACCGUCGCACCGUACCCGGAGAUCCAGCGCAUUGCGAGCGCAGACUUCAGUGCCGAUCGGCCGCUCGACCAAGACGACGAACCCACCGCCGUGACGCAGCAGCAGCAGCAGCAGCCGGCGGUCGAACAGGUAACUAGCUUGCGGCCGGUGGACUUUAGCGACGGGACGGACGGCGACAGCGCCCCACCACACACGACCAACUACUACGGUGCGGUGGAGGAGGAGGCGGAGGAGGAGGAGCAAACGACGCGCGUGACGCUCGAGGCGGACGAUACGACGCUGCGCAGCAGCAGCACUGCGCGAACCACGCCGGUCGUGUCGUCCUCGACGCAGCGCGAGAUCGUGCACAAGUACACGCUGCCGGCCGAGUUCUCGUUCCAGGAGCCGUCGAGCGAAACGACCACGCUCAAGACGACCACGACGACGACAACAACCACGACAACGACGAUGACGCCCGAUACAACCACCACCUCCACCUCCACCCCGACCACCACGACGGCCGCGGCGCCGGAGCUACUGACGACGACAGUGGACGACGUGCCGGACCUGCCGACGGUACCCGACCGCGUCCAGUCGUCGCUGGUGCUGCCGAGCCGGGAGAGCAAGAAAAAGUACACCAAGCGCCCGGACGGGCCGGCGGUGCGCGUCCCGUCCGACUUUGCGUACAGCAGGGACAGCUCGGCCGAGGCGGACGGCGAGCGGGCGACCGAACCUUCGUACCAGACCGAACCGCCGGUCCAGACGACGACCAAGGCCACCCGGCACUACACGAACAAUCGCAAGUACGUCUCGUCGCUCUCGCUCCGCCCGAACCUGAACGGACCGGAGCCGGCCCAGGCGGCGCCCUCGUACCGCAAGUCCAAGGACAUACCGGUCGUACCGCUGCCGCGCACGGUCAGCUCGAAAUCCUCCACCCAGCGGGCACAGAGCGACACGACGACUAGCACGACCACAGCCGCCAGCAGCACUAGCACCACCACGACAACAACGACCACGCCCGCACCGAUCACCAAGAUCGACUUCAACAUCAAGUACGUGCUGCCGGUCAGCCUGCCGGACGCGGCCGCGCACGAGCUCAAGAUCGAGAGCAAGAACGACAAGUACAGCGUGCCGCUGUCCCCGAUCCUGCGGCCCGACUUUGUGACGCGCGAAAUUUCCGGCGAGCGGCAGGACCGCCAGUUCUCGCCCGUCUACCGGCCCGAGCUGGACAACGACGAGCUGACGCGCCAGCUAACCAGCGACGCCGAUCCGGUCGCGCUCGAGGCGGAACAUCUCGACCGGGAGAUACUGGGCGGUGGCGAGGACGGUGCCGACGCAGGGCAGCUGUCGGAGGAGAGUGUCGGACCAGUGUCGGAGCAGCUCGUCGGUGGCGGCGUGCUGCCGUCGUCGGCGGCCUACUUCCUGCGCCGCACGGCCGAGGUUAGUUUUUUGGGAACAACCGACCCCAUCCAGGUGAGGCCCCAAUACCGUCCGAGCCUGCGACGUCCGUCCGGCAGCGGGAAGCCAAGCGGGCUGCUGCAAGCGUCCAGAGAGCAGCUAGACACCACGACCGAACGCACUAAGAGCACGCGACGCUCUGAAGUGCCCUCAGCGAGCGGCGAGCAGGCGACCUCCGAUCCGGCGACGACGACAACGGCGACGACGCCACCGUCGCUGCUCACACGGCGCCGCCGUCCCACCACCGCCUCGAACUAUCUGGCCAAAAUUGCGAACCGACAGCGGCCGGCUGCUGCUACUGCUGUGAUGUCAUCGACGGAGGAAACCACCACCACCACCAGCAGGCCGGACGGGUCGCCAAGCCGAGGCAGCCGUCCGAACCUCACCAGCAACGGCAGGCGCAAAUAUGGACCCGCUAAUAGAACCGGUUAUACGGGCAGCAGCCCAACGGCCGGGAGCGAGAGCAGCACCACGGCGUCGAUCCCCAGCGCUAGCAGCGAAACGAGCCCAGAGGUAUCCACUCGACCGGUAAACUCAUUGUUCAAGCGCCGAAACAAUGGGUCCCCACUGACGCGCACCACGACGCCGACGCCACUGGAAUCGAUCCCCUCAUCCAGCGCGGCCCCGGUGAGCAGCAAGUUUUUCAAGAAGAACAAGUACCGCACCGGUGCACUCAGUACCGGGCCGGGCGCAGAACGUAGCGAGCAGCCGGUGCCGCCAGCCAGCCAGUCACUCGAUGCCGGACCGGGUGUCGAUCAGAACAUUGAGCCGAGCAUACGGCAGAACAGCAAGCUGUACAAUGCGAAGAACCGCUACCAGCAGAUAGGCGAACCGGAGGAGGACGGUGCCGAGCCGAUCGAGCAGGAGUUGCUGGACGCGCUCACUACGCUGUCCCGGGCGCCGCUGCCCGUCGUCAGCACCACCACCGUGCGCAACAAUGGGUACGAGUCGGUCGUGGACAAGGAGUGGGUCCGGCAGCAGCAAAAGCAGCCAGCACAGCAGCAGUAUGCGGCCGAGGUGAACGGACGUGCGACCACGCACAGGUACAACGUAACGCACGACUAUCCUAAUGCGGUCGGGUACGGCAGCGUUCCCGCGCAGGCGACGUCGACGCACCGAUUGCCGCCACCGGUUCAGCGGCCCCGCAUCGCUACCCACUCCGAGUACUAUUACCAGCAAACGACGCCCGGCCUCAUCUACACCUCACCCAUCGCCACGGCAACGAUCAGCCCACGGCAGGACACGACCGUGCUGUCGCAGCAGUUCCCCCGCAACCAUCAACCGGCGCACUACGAACGGCAGAGCGCUAGCAGUGGCAGACGAAAGCAGAAGGACGACGUGACCGGGCGCACCUACCGGCCGUCGCCGCUCGAUUACGACUACUACGACGAUGGAGACACGCGCAAAGUGGGCAAAUCCAGCUCGCAGGUUAAGGUGAUCAUGCACGGGCCGGGCAUCAUCGAGUGUCUCGACCAGGGCAACUUUCCGCACCCGCUGUCCUGCAAAAAGUUCAUCUCGUGUGCCAAAAUGGAGAUCGGAGGCGUCAUCGGCUGGGAGUACACGUGCCCGAAGGGUCUCAGCUACGAUCCGGUCGGGGGCAUCUGCAACUGGUCCGCCGGGCUGGGCUGCAAUGAGUGACGACCCUCACGUCGUCUUGGAACGUCUUGGUGUGUGAGCGUUCCCAAUUCCCUGCCCUGCCCGUCCCAAGGAUCCGGGGAGGGUCCUACAAUACGUCCUACAGUUUCGAUAGUUAGCUGAAGGGAAAUCAAUCGCAUAUGAUCAAGACUGGUGUCUGCUCUCUUUACAUUUUUUUGGGGCUAGCAUUUUUGUUUGUUUGUUUGUUUUGUCACUGAAAUCGUAAUCGUACCUUUCGGGGGUAGCUUCAUUCCUUCUCCGUCCGCUAGCGAGCGCCCGGCGGAGGAGACGGCUAGAGUGAUCGGAUGUGUGACCAAAGCCAGACGAUCAUACGUUUAGAAGUUAGUCAAUAUUCCAAUCAGCGGGACGGCACAAACCGCCCGUCUUAGCAUUAAGCUUUUUUUUCUCUUCUCUUGUAAGUUUACAAACUUUUGCUCUCUUUCCAGUUGUGGGAGAAACGCUAGACUGUUGCUACUUUCAAUACAAUCACGAUAUCCUUGUUUUGAGGCAAAGAUUUCUCCAAAAAAGGAACUUAUAAAAAAAGAGACCAGUGGCCUUGGGCAAUGAUUCUUUCCAAUUAGAAAAAGAACAUGCAAUCCCAUUAUUAAAGCAUAAUGCAAACAUUACAAAUAAUCGGCCUACUCUUCUGAUUCUUGCUUUGAGUGAUAUGUGUUCUGUUUUAACGAUUCGUGUAGCGUCACACACACCUUUCAAAUUAUAAUUUAAUUUUUUUCAUAAAGUAUUUCAUUCUAUCGCCUUCCCCCUGUCUCUUUUAAACGUGAGACAUCUUCACAGGCUAGCUCUAUCUUACGCCAUUUGUUUGCUUCGAUAUAGGAACUGAUGAGAAUGUAAGUGUGGGGUGUUGUAAGCCGACAAACUCAUUACUUCAUGCAUGAGAUCAUUUAAAUUACGUGCAAAUGCAGACGACGCAAGCGAACUAGCAAUACGAACCACGACAUUGUUAAUGUUAACAUACUCAGUUUUGUAAUAAAAUAGAUAUACGACGAUAAAACCAUCUUAAAACACAA